GAGUAGGGCAAGGAACGGGCGACGUGAAGAAUCGCGCGCUGCCCACCGAGAGCCACACGCUCGCGCCACCCUUCGCUCCCAGCCCGGCUUGGCCGACACAGCGUGUGUGCGCGCGCGCGCGUUCUCGCUCGCUCUCCGGAUUCUCGUCGCCCGCUGAGGAUGGGGGACGGGGCUCCUGCGUUUCGAGGAGUCUCCGGAGCUACCGGGGGACACUCCCGGGCCAGGCACAUCCCCGCCGCCGCCGCCGCCGCCUGCCUGCUGGGGUUGCUGGCCGGCAACGUGUGCGCGGCGGUGGUCGAGAAGAAAGUGUGCCAAGGAACCAACAACAAGCUGACACAGCUUGCAAGUUUGGAAGACCACUACAACAGCCUGAAGAGAAUGUAUGAGGGCUGUGAGGUGGUGCUUGGCAAUCUUGAGAUCACUUAUAUGAAUGACAACUAUAAUCUCACUUUUUUGAAGAGCAUACAAGAAGUAGAUGGUUAUGUGCUUAUAGCAAUGAAUACAGUGAAAAUUAUUCCAUUGGAGAAUCUCCAGAUAAUCCGAGGAAACACCCUUUUGGAAAAUGCUGCUCUGAUAAUUUUACUAAAUUACAAUGAAACGAGGGGACUUGAAGAGCUGCCAAUGAGACAUUUAGCAGAAAUUCUAAAUGGAGGUGUAAAUAUUGGCAACAACCCUUAUCUCUGCAACAUGGACAAUGUUUUGUGGGACGACAUUGUUGAUACAACUAAUGGCAAAGGUUUUGUGCUGUUUAAUACUGCGGAAAGAACUUUGUCAAGGACUGACCAUAAGUCUUGCCCUGUGUGUCAUCCCAAUUGCACAAGAGGGCACUGCUGGGCACCUGGCCUAGAGAAUUGCCAAACAAUAACAAAGAUUGACUGUGCGGCACAGUGUUCAGGCCGGUGUAAAGGGACAUUGCCAAGUGAUUGCUGCCAUACUCAGUGUGCAGCAGGAUGUACUGGCCCUAGAGAAAGUGAUUGCUUGGCUUGUCGCAGGUUUCGGGAUGACGCAACUUGCAAAGAGUCUUGCCCAUCUUUACAUGUGUAUAAUCCUUUCACUUAUCAGUUGGAAGAGAAUCCAGAUGGAAAAUACAGCUUUGGAGCAACAUGUGUAAAAAAGUGUCCACAUAACUAUGCUGUGACAGACUAUGGAUCAUGUGUCCGGUCUUGUGGUGCAAAUUCUACUGAAGUGGAGCAAAAUGGCAUCCGGAGGUGUAAAAAAUGUGAAGGGCCAUGUAGCAAAGUGUGCAGUGGGAUUGGAACUGGUGAACUAAAAGGUGCUCUUGCUGUCAAUGCUUCCAAUAUUGAUUAUUUCAAGAACUGCACCACCAUCAAUGGAGAUCUCCUAUUCCUCAAAGUAACAUUUUCAGGGGAUGAGUACACAAGGACACCUCCCUUGGAUCUCUUGAAAUUGAACAUUUUUAAAACUGUUAAAGAAAUCACAGGGUUCUUGUUGAUUCAGGUUUGGCCUGAAAAUAUCACUGAUUUGUAUCCUUUUGAAAAUCUAGAAGUCAUACGAGGGAGAACAAAACAUAUAGGUCGAUAUGCUCUUGCUAUCACAAACCUAAAUAUAAGUUCUUUGGGAUUGCGCUCGCUCAGAGAAAUAAGUGAUGGAGAUGUUGGCAUUUUGAGAAAUGAACACCUGUGCUUUGAUAAUACAGUCGAUUGGAGAAAACUUUUUGUAACAGAAAACCAGAAAACAAAAAUUUCCAAAAAUGGAAAUGAAAGCAUAUGUACUGCUACAGGACAGGUUUGUCAUCUGUUCUGCUCUGACACAGGCUGCUGGGGUCCAGGGCCCUCUCAGUGUUAUUCCUGUCGAAACUUCACACGCCAACGGGAAUGUGUCAAGGAGUGCAGUAUUUUUCAAGGAGAGCCACGGGAGUUUGAAGAAGAUUCAAUGUGCUUCCCAUGCCAUCCAGAAUGCCUGGUGCAAAAUUCAACUGAAUUUGGUCCAACAUGCAAAGGACCAGGUCCAGACAACUGUACCAAAUGUGCCCAUGUAAUGGAUGGUCCUUAUUGUGUUAAAUCAUGCCCUGCUGGUGUUUUGGGUGAAAAUGAUACCUUAGUGUGGAAAUAUCCAGAUGAAAAUUCAGUAUGUCAGUUAUGUCAUCCAAACUGUGUCCGUGGAUGCAAAGGACCAGGACUUGAAGGUUGUCCUAAUGGCUCUAAGGUUCCAUCAAUUGCAGCUGGAGUUGUUGGAACUAUCCUUGGCUUGGUUGUUGUAGCACUCAGCAUUGCUCUCUUUGUACGUCGGCGCCGCAUUGUUAGAAAGCGUACUUUGCGCAGACUGCUACAAGAAAGAGAGCUUGUAGAACCUCUGACUCCCAGUGGUGAGGCACCAAACCAAGCACUUCUAAGGAUUCUGAAAGAAACUGAAUUUAAAAAAGUCAAAGUUCUUGGCUCUGGAGCAUUCGGUACCGUCUAUAAGGGACUCUGGAUUCCAGAAGGAGAAAAAGUUAAAAUUCCUGUGGCUAUUAAGGAAUUGAGAGAAGCCACAUCCCCCAAAGCCAACAAAGAAAUUCUUGAUGAAGCAUAUGUAAUGGCAAGUGUUGACAAUCCCCAUGUAUGCCGGUUACUGGGAAUUUGCCUCACAUCUACUGUUCAGCUCAUCACACAACUUAUGCCUUAUGGUUGCCUUCUUGACUAUGUUAGAGAGCACAAGGACAACAUAGGAUCCCAGUACCUUCUCAAUUGGUGUGUGCAGAUUGCAAAGGGAAUGAAUUAUUUAGAGGAACGUCGUCUGGUACAUCGUGAUUUGGCUGCCAGGAACGUCCUUGUUAAGACUCCUCAGCAUGUGAAGAUCACUGACUUUGGGCUGUCCAAAUUGCUUGGUGCCGAAGAGAAGGAAUAUCAUGCAGAAGGAGGAAAAGUCCCCAUUAAGUGGAUGGCUUUGGAGUCUAUUCUGCACCGCAUUUAUACCCACCAAAGUGAUGUCUGGAGUUACGGUGUCACAGUUUGGGAAUUAAUGACUUUUGGAUCAAAACCAUAUGAUGGCAUUCCAGCCAGUGAGAUUUCCUCUGUCUUGGAAAAGGGAGAGAGGUUGCCUCAGCCUCCUGUUUGUACAAUUGAUGUCUACAUGAUUAUGGUCAAAUGUUGGAUGAUUGAUGCAGAGAGUCGCCCCAAAUUUCGAGAACUGAUAGUAGAAUUCUCCAAAAUGGCACGAGAUCCUCAGCGCUAUCUAGUUAUACAGGGUGAUGAAAGAAUGCACUUACCAAGCCCAACAGACUCAAAGUUUUACCGGAGCUUGAUGGAGGAGGAGGAUAUGGAAGACAUUGUGGAUGCAGAUGAAUACCUUAUUCCACAUCAAGGAUUUUUCAGCAGCCCAUCAAAUUCUCGGACACCUCUCUUAAAUUCACUAAGCACUACCAGCAAUAAUUCUGCAACUGUAACCUGCAUUGAUAGAAAUGGGCAGGGACAUCCUGUAAGAGAAGACAGCUUUAUCCAACGAUACAGUUCAGACCCAACUGGAGUUUUUCUCGAUGACAGUUUGGAUGAUAGUUUUUUACCUGCUCCAGAAUAUGUGAACCAGCUGAUGACCCAAAGACCAUCUGCUUCUGUUGUGCAAAAUCCAGUCUACAACAGUUUUUCUCUUCCCAUUGAGCCAAAGCCUGGGAUUGAUUCAAACCAUCAGAAAUCCCACAGCACAGCACUGGACAACCCAGAGUAUCUCAACACAAGUCUCUCUCCUUUUCCUAACACAGUUUUUGAAAGGUUUCCCUAUUGGGAUCAGACAGCCAACCACCAAAUAAAUCUAGAUAAUCCAGAUUAUCAGCAUGACUUCUUGCCCAAGGAGACCAAGCUUAAUGGCAUCUCUAAAUCUCCUGCAGUUGAGAAUCCAGAAUACCUAAGGGUAUCAACACCAAAAAGUGAAUACAUUGAAGCCUCAGCAUGACCACUAAAAGAGACUUCUUGUUGUUCGUGCAGCAAGAUCAGUAAUGCAGGUAACAGAGGUGAUUGCUAUAGAAACAAAUUGGACAGAUAAAAGAGCAGUCAUGGCAAACAAUUUUUUUUGUCUAAGUAUGAUUUCAACAAGCAUGUUUUGGACUUAUUUUACAUCUGUCCAUGCAGAAGACGCAAGGCAGAAGGAAAAAAACAUCCAACAAGCAAGUAAUCAUCACUGUGUUCCCUUUCUUUAAAAGUUAAAUAGGAUUGUAGCUCCUUGAUGCAAUCCAGCUGCAACAUCCACUUCAAAUCUUCCAAUGCUAUAUAUUUUAUAAAAUGUUUCUUGAAUUUUAAAGAGAUUUUAUUACAUCAGGAAGACCAGUUGCGUCCCAGUUGAUGUCCUGUGGAUCAUUGGGGGUGGAGUAACCAGUCAAGACACAAGAGGAUUUCCUGUAUCCUCGGGACAAAAUUGAGCAACUUCUGAAGACUUAAGGAAAAAAUUGUUUCUAUGCAUUUGUCCACUUUUUUAAACACCAGCUUUGUUUACUGUUUUGUUGUACCAAUGAGGACAAUAUCACAUCUGGAAAAGAUGUGGGGAUUUUACUUAAUCAAGUUUUCUCGGGGGAAAUUGAAUAUGGUGAGGACAAUCUGAUAAGCCAAAGUCCAUUUAGCAGGAAAAACUUGCCUACAGCACUCACUGCCAGCUGACCACUACUGUUUGGAAGCCAGAACUCUGCGAACGUAAGACACUGAUCAGGGAUCCUUAUAAAAUGCUCACUAGACUGUCUCUGAAAUGCUCACUGUAGGCCUAAAUAUUGUCGUCGUUAUGUAUUUGUUCCUCUUUUGUUUUUUGGCUCUACUGUUUUCUCUAGAGUUGUGGAAAAUGAAUCUUCAGUGUUUAACUAAAAAGAUAUAAAUGCAAAAGAUUUAUUCCUUGGUGGUUUUUGGACACAUUGUGAAUCUGAAUAGUGAAGAAAUGCAAAGAUGCAGUUUAUCUAAAUGAUAUGAAUAAUGGGCGUACCUGCACACACAUUGACACCAGGAUCUGUGAGAUUCUUCUGUAUGGAUGAGCUUGUUCAGCUCCCUGCUAUCUCAAGGGGCUUUGUUCAGGAAAGCUUCCUUUCUAUCUGUAAUUCAUUAGGGAAAGUUAAAAUGCAAUUAUUUGCAUCUAAUUACCAAAACUAAUCCCCCAGCACAUUGCUCCUUGAACAAUUUCUGGCCAGUCCAUUGAGACACAUACAUUACAUGCAUAUGCAUACGUAACGUGCAAUUCCAGGUCAGUCCUAUGAAUGUCUAUUCAGAAACAAGCUCUGCUGGCAUGUGUGAAUCAUGCCUUUCUCUUCUCCCCCCCCUUCAUAAUUGUGUAUAGGAUUCAAAUAACAGUCUUGUAAAUGUGGGAAGUCAUUGCCACUGCUGGCAAAAGAGCAACAGCUGAGCUAUUGUUAAAGUGUUGCCUUCUCAUUGCACAUGGAAAAUAUUCCAAAAUGUAGUUGCUCUGAAUUAAGCACAACACCCUUACGUUGUCAUAAUGACAAUUUUUCAUUGAAGGGGAGAGAGAAAUUAACAAAACUGUGUCAUCUAUCCCAUGGUAUAGAAUAUUCUGUUGUUUACCAGAUGCAGCAUGGUGGCUAUAUGGUCAUUAUGCCAUGUGUCUUAAUAAGAAUACUCGACAUAUGAUAAUUUAUGGAGAUUAAAUUGCCUUUAAUAAAAGGCAGCUAUCCUAAAAGUAACCAGUCUCAGAGAGGAUCAUGAUUUAUGACCUUCCAUAGUUACAGCCUCAAAUCACUGCAUCUUUUUUGGAACAUCAUAAUACUGCUUCUUGAAAAAUGUGCACUGAUAAUGGCAUAUCUGCAUACUUUUAUUACUUCAUAUUUUUUCUUCAUGACACUUCUACUAAAAUAUUUAAUGUGUUCAGUACUACAUUUUCAGGUAAAUUCACAUAAGCUUCGGAUGUUAUCUAGUUUCAGUGGAUGAUGUUUGCAUGCAAAAAUACAUUUAAAACUAACUCUAUAGGACCAUUAGUGAUGAGUUUUUGCAGUGGUAUUAUUAUAAUGACAGGGCAAUCCUUUGCCCAUGAAUUUUAUGGGAAACCUUGAAUGCAUCUCUAUGUGAUGAAUUUCCUACUACAUAUGUUUCAUCACAUUGGGGAUUUGGUCCUUAAAAAUGUAUAAAUGAAUGAGGAAAUUAGAAUUGCCCUAAAGGUUGUUAGGUGCCUGAUCUUUGGAGUUGCUCUUUUGUGGUAAAUGAAAACUGAGGAUGCUUUAUUUUGCAAGGGCUAAACACCAAGAUAGGUUACAUACACUGUACACAAUUGAGUUUUGCUAAAUUAUGGCUGUGCUUUUUGACACUAAUACAGUUCUGCAUUUAUUUUUGCAAGAGGUUAAAAUAUAUUCCAAUUUGAAUUGCAGCAAGAGCACAAAAGGUAGAUUCCCAUAUAAAGAAGUGCCUGUGUACAUCAUCAUGUCUUAUAGUACUCUACAUCCUGCUGUCUUAUGCAUAGCUGUGGCUUUCCUAGUCAUCUAUAUUAACAUUAGACUAGUAUGAGGGCAGCAGUUUUGUUUUUGCAAGUAGCUCCAUAUGUUGCAGGAGGUAAGCAGCAGAAAAACUUCCUGUAGGACUGUCAUGUAAUAAUCCCUACUUUGGUAUCUCACAUUAUUUCUUACAAUGAAAAGGUAUGGAAACAUUUGGUUGUGUGGUGAAACAGUCCCAUGUGUAAAGCUCUUUGCAUUUCCUGACAACCAUUUCAUUUGGGGGAUUUAGAUGUUUGUACAGGCAAUAACACAGAAACUGUUACCUACCUCUUUAAUGUCAGUUGUUGUGAACAUUGUUCUAAUUUUUCUAUGAUUUCUAUUUCUCUGUGAGAAAAUAUUUUAAUUGGGGCAAAGUGAGAAUUGUCUUUUUAUUCUUGUUAAAAUGUUCGGUAAAAAUAGAGAACUAUAUAGAAUUCCACUGCCGGGGGUGACACUGCAAAGAUGUUGUAAUCACAAAUGAUCAUUAAUUGUGAUCCUUUUUUAAUAGAAAUCCCAUGUUCCUUUAUUUUCCCAAUAACAUUUUACAGUAAUUUUUGUUCUUUUGCUCUAGCACCUGAAUUUUUAAGUCAUUUUAGAAGUAAGAAUAAAUAAAUGAAUAAGAAUAAUAAAUAUUUGUAAACAUACACAUCUUAAUAAUCUUUUUACAUAACAAUGGGCUGUUAGGACCAAAGAUGUUUCUCCUUUUCUUAUUUUAAGCACAUGAAUAAAAUACAAUUAACCAGCA